AUGUCUGAUACUAAGAGACUCAAAUAUCCCGAUCUGCAAGGUCUACCUCCUAAGAGGAUCAGAGAAGACCCCACAGAAGAGAAAAGGAUAUGCGAGAAAAAUAACGCGAACAAACGACGCUCACGGGCAGCUCUGAAACAGAGAGCACUCGAAAUCGCCAGCAGCGAGCCCCCUCCAAAGCGGCCCCAGGAACCCAACGAUGUGGAGAACGUGGAGAACUCCGUGCAAACUUCAAACUCUGGCAACCAGGUCUCUUCAGAUGCUCCAAACACUACUGGGCCAUCUACUUCUCAUGUCCCAUUCGACGAUACCCUCAUUGAUCCCAUUCUCCUACAACAGCCCGUUGCUGAAACUCAGCACAAUUCCCCUCCUAUCACAACCCGAGACGUAUGCAUUAUGACGGAUUCCCCACUCGUUAAUCCCUAUGACCUCGCACCCCCCUCACCUACCUUGUCAAAUCUCACUGACAUCGAGUCCCUCGACUUGGCAACUCCCAUAAUCGCCUCUCAAGUUCAUGCAAAUUCGCCGACAGUAACAUGGAAAAGUGGCACAACAACGGUGCUGCCGUAUAUAUACAAGGACGUCCUGAUUCAUCAAAACACGUUCUUCAUCUACACUACGGUGACUGGCGCUCCAAGAAACGAGAGUUGCGAGAAACCAUCACUUGCCGCGCUUUGCCAAAAUAAAGCUGUCGUCCUUCGUCAAUGCGAUCAACCUGUAGCGGACGAACUCAAUCUUGAGCUACUGGAAGAUUGGGAUGCAGAACAGCGUACGAAGAAUUCUACAUAUCCCCAGCAGCGUGGAACACUUGAGCAGUUUAUACGCAACAUACGCGACCAGAGCAAGAUACAGUGUAUUCUUGAUAUUCCGCCCGCACAAGGGGGUCUCCCGCUUUUUCUGAGCUCCCUAGAUAGUGGCAUCGUCGACAGGUGGAAUCAGUCCACCAACGAUUGUCCUAUCGGUGAUCAAGUUCACCCUGACAACUUUACAGUACGCUCGUGGGGUUUGCUAGCCAAACCAGGCUGGUUCACUUAUUUUCAUCAUGACUCAGACAGCGGAUGCACUUUUGUUUAUGGCAUCGUCGGCACAAAGCAAUGGACCGUGGCUAACCUGAAAAAUCAGGACACUAUCUCUCAGACUGCGUUCGCCAAGGCAGCCAGAUUGUUAGGUACUUUUCCCGAGAACCGCGAGGAGAUUGCUGCUUUAUGGGAUAUAGAAGUAAUCACUGUCAGAAAGGGGGAUCUCCUAAGCCUUUUUUACCAGGCGGGCAUUUUUUCAAUCGUGACACUCACCAUUUGUCCUAAAAACUCUCGUCACUUGGAUCACAAGCACGGCAAUUACUUAACAAAUCAAGCUCACUCGCACUCCUUGGAAACGUUCCAGCGAAUGGUAGUUAACCUACCGCGCCUCUCUUGCCGCACCAACCCGGGCGCUUAUGUUGCUGCUGGUGGAGACAAGAGAAAACUGGAAUUGGAGAGCACGAACCGAGCAACGGCUAUCACAGCCGCUAUUGUCAACCAUUUCUGGAUAAACCUCAAGACUGGCGCAAAAAACAUAUCGUACUCCCAAUCAGACUUCAGGGAAUAA